CCCACUCCGGUUCCACCCCGCAGCACCGGCUCGCCGCGAGCUCCCCACGAGUCGCAGCGCUGGUCGAGCCCUGAAAACAUCUUUCCCAGUGUCUGGCCAGAGGUGCAGGGAGAGACAGGCGUUAUUUCCAGGCUGGAGAAAGGGCAAGGGCCGCCAGGAGCAAUGGCGACCUCUCCCGGCCCCCAGCCUCUGGCCCCCCUGGAGCAGGAUGAGGGUGACAUCCUCGUCGUGAAGGUGGAGGAUGACUACUGCUGGGAAGAGGAGCCGUCCCUGGAGGCGGAAGACCCCAGCCCUGAAACCUUCCGCCAGCUCUUCCGGCUGUUCUGCUACCAGGAGGUGGCGGGGCCUCGGGAGGCCCUGAGCCGCCUCUGGGAGCUCUGCUGCCGCUGGCUGCGGCCCGAGCUGCGCACCAAAGAGCAGAUCCUGGAGCUGCUGGUGCUGGAGCAGUUCCUGACGGUGCUGCCAGGGGAGAUCCAGGCCCGGGUGCGGGAGCAGCAGCCAGAGAGUGGUGAGGAGGCCGUGGUCCUCGUGGAAGGGCUGCAGCGGGAGCCCAGGAAGCAGAGGCCGCGGGAUCCAGAGUUGCUCCCUAAUGACACGCUGUCCCAUGGGACAGAGGAGUGGUUCUCGAAACACCAGGUGGAAGCCCAGCCAGAGGAGCUGUCCCUGGGGGAAGGGCCUAAGCACUCCAGCCAGCCACCCCCAGCCCAGCUGAGCCACAGGCCAAGAGGAGGCCCCUCGCUCUGGCCAAACAGGGGCCCCGCAGCUUCACAGCAUCAGGAGACAGCAGCCCUGGCCACAUCCUUCCUUUCAGCCUGGUCCCAGGUGCCGGUGACCUUGGAGGACGUGGCUGUGUACCUGUCCCAGGAGGAGUGGGGCUGCCUGGACGUGGCUCAGCAGGACCACAGCUGCGAAGUGCUGCUGGAGGAUGCAGGGCUCCCCACGCCCGGGCCGUAUCUGACCGCCCUGCAGGGGCAAGGAGAAGGCCUGCGGGACCCAGCUCGAGCAGCCUCGGGGCCAAGGGAGGUCUCUGGUGGAGCCAGUUCAGAGCGUGGGAGCCAUUUGGAGGAUGGUGAGGACGCUGGGGAGGACGCGUCGCUGAGCACAGCGUGGGCCCAGGCGCUCCAAGAUCUGGGUCCGGGGCCCAGACAGGCCAGACCCCAGCAGCCUCAGGACCCUCUUGGGGUCCGGAAGCCACACACGUGCCGCGAGUGUGGCAAGGCCUUCCGCAAGACGUCGCACCUGACCAAGCACCAGCGCACACACACGGGCGAGCGGCCUUACCAGUGCCAGGUGUGCGGUAAGCGCUUCGGCGACCGGUCCAACUGCAGCACUCAUCAGCGGGUGCACACGGGCGAGAAGCCCUACGCCUGCGCCGAGUGCGGCAAGCGCUUCAGCCAGAGCUCCAGCCUGGUCAUCCACCGCAGGACGCACACGGGCGAGCGGCCCUACCAGUGCCAGCUGUGCGGGAAGCGCUUCAACAACAGCUCGCACUUCAGCGCACACCGCAGGACGCACACGGGCGAGAAGCCCCACACCUGCCCGGCCUGCGGCAGGGGCUUCCGCCGGGGCACCGACCUCCGCAAACACCAGCGCACACAUGGCAGGGAGCAGCCGCUGCGCAGACCUCCAGGGCUCCAGGACAUGCCCGGGCCUUGGGCCUGAUCAUUCGGGGAGCUGCAUGGUCAUUUCAUUCCUGGAGUCAGCUCCCCGUCUCCGGGCGUCUUCAGGCUCUGUUCCUGUGGGCCCAGUGUGAGCAGGAAGCCGGGCCCUGCAGGUGGAUCAGGGCCCGGGGCUACCACAGAGAACGCACACGGGGGAGCAUUUAACGGCAGCGGGAAUUCUCAGGUCAGGGGCCAGAGCCUGAAGUCAAGGUGCCUGUGGGCUGCUCCUUCAGGAGGCUCAGGUGGGGUCUACCCCGCGCUCUCCUCCAGGCUUAUGGCCACAGGGCUCUGCCACCGCCUCCCCAGCCCCUUCUGCAUAUCUCCGCGUGUGCUCCUGUCUUGUAAGGACGCCGUCAUUGGAUUUAGGGCACACUUAGUCCAGAACGACCUCAUCUUAGCUCGUUACAUCUGCAAGGACCUGUUUCCAAGUGGAGUCCCGGCUGAGGCUCUGACUGUUGACUUGGGGGACACCCUUCAGCCCACUUUGGGGGAAGCCUUGGUGGCUGCAGCCGCUUGCAGCUUUACGUGUCGCUGUCCUCCCAGGGUUGCUCUUUUCUUCCUACAACCUCGCUGCGUUUGCCAGGUGUAGCCCGUGGGGGUUCUCCAGCAUCACAGUGGUUGGGGGUUCCCCUCGCAGAUCCACAGCUGCUCUGUUGGAUGGACGGAUGGUGCGGGGAUGCUUCCCUGAGACCCUUCCUUCUAACCUCCCCCACCUGCCAAGAAGUCUGGGGGCUUCCCCAGGAGGUGCCAGGGCUGCCAUUGUUCCAGCCCAGGUGGCCAUGUCCCAGGAUACAGGCUGGCCUUGGUUGCCCUGCUUUGUCUUUCUGAUGUGGUCAUGCCUCUGAUCGGUUCCAAUCUGUGGCCUCACGCAUGGCCGCGUGGCGCAAUAAGAGGCCUUGUUUGCUGUCAUCACAAGUGAAGUUGGUGGGGCAGCUCUGAAAUCACUGGGUUUCAGGAUGUUCCAACCGAUCACUAGACAUACUGUAAUUUCUCCACACACCCCACACACCCGGGGGUGUGAG